AUGAAACCAAGAGAACUGAAGGAGUUGGCUGAAAGCUUGACCCCUAUCCUCCCCAUGAUCUUUAUAAAAUCUUUACAAAGUGGAGAGCAUGGUUUUCGUAGCAAAAGAUCCUGUGAAUCCCAACUCAUUGAGUUUAUAGAUGACAUAACCACCUACAUGGCUGCCGGAAAGCAGACAGAUGCAUUGAUCAUUGAUUUUACUGAGGCUUUUGACAAAGUUAGUCAUAUUCUCCUCAUCCAUAAGCUCCGACAUUAUUGGAUCCAGGGAAACGUGAACAACUGGAUUGCUAGCUUCCUUACCAAGAGAACACAAGCCGCAGUUGUUGAUGGAGAGAUGUCAAAUUAUGUAAGUGUUGACUCUGGAGUGCACAAGG